GUUGAGAUACUGCAUGUCGCGAGGCGGGCAGAGUUGAAGAGAGAACAAGAAAGAAGGAGCAGAGCACAUUACAGGAACAAAGUUAGGCCUUUAAGAGUGUGCUCAGGCAGACACUGGCUCUUAGACGACAAUGAAUGCUCAGUACGAUGCGAAGGUGUUUGUCAGGUAUAUCAGUAAACAAAAGAAACUUGUGUAAAACAGUGAAGAGAGGGAUCCAACUGACAAAACGUGUUUUAAAGCAUUGGAAGAAAUGACUAGUGAUAUAACAGGCCUCAGAAUGAUGGGGGGCAGUCCAAAGCGAGGUCUAAGCCCAGGGGGAUCUGGCUCAUCCAAAAAGAGAAGGUUUUUUUCCGAAAGCUAUGAUGAGAAACUUGAGCGGAGACAUGAGAACCAUCUGAAUCUCAUCGGUCGAAAUAACACCACAACCUGCCGCAGUACUCCAAGGGAGAAGAAUGUGGAGCAAAACUCGAGACAAGUGCAGUUUCUGAAACGAAGGAAUUUAACAAUCAAUGAAGACGAGAUUAAAAAAAAGCCUGCCAAAUCAAGCCGCCACAGAGUGGAAAAGGCAACAACAGCUGCCACUUCUGCUACGCUUUCUGCUCCAGUCCCGGAAGGAGGUUUGAAGCUUUCACAACAGAAUUUAGCUGCAGUCAGUCAGACAUCUCCACAGUUCAUAUUGUGCAGCAAUGGCACCCCGUUAACUAAAGAACCCACUCACUGGGGAGCAAAGGAUUCAAAUUUCCGUUUCUGCACCAGAGUACCACUGCAACACGAUGACUCAACCAUCAAAAGAAUUUCAAAAAGGGACAAAGCCACACAGAUGCCUUCAGGUAUUCCCGGUGAAAUUGGUGAACUCAUCAGGAAAGAAGCAAGCCAACAAACAGAAUCCGGCGUGGCUGUUCUCGAUAAGGAGAUCCAGCAGCUGUCUGAAUACCUAAAGGAAGCUCUGCAUCGUGAGCUAAUGCUUAAACAGAAGCUCACUAUUCUUCAACAGCUUCUUGCAACAGUUUUGCAGGCAGCAGAAAAAUCAUGGAAGGUACAAUUGGACGAUGACUCAAUGCGUUGCAAAUUGCAGUCACUUGAAAAUCAGUUACACACCUGGACACAGAAUCACUCGCGAGACAGUAUGAAGGAAACCAUGGCCGAAAUGCAGCAGCAAAAACUCAAGUAUGAGCUCGUUGCUAAGGAAUCACUCCAGAAAGCAAUCAAAGAGAAAACAGCUGCUGAACAAACACUGGCCAAUGUCCAGAGAUCACUGAGUGUAGCAGAGAUGGAGUGCUCUCAUUGGAAGGAGUCCUACAAUAAAGCACUGGCAGAUUGCGCUGAACUGACGACCAGGCACUCAGAAACCACAGACCAAUUGCACAUAGUGCAGACUAAACUGCAGAGAGCAGAAAAAGACAGCGUGUUGCUCAGAAAUUUACAAACAAAAUUCCAAGAUAUAGAAAAUGAGACACAGAAACUCCUGGAUAAAAUUGAUGCAUUAAGAGAAGAAAAUGAACUCCAGCAAGAACAGCUUCUAAGAAGCAAAGCAAAAUUACAGAAAACCGAAGAGCAGGAACAGAUAAUGGCAUCUACAAUCACUAGCCUACAGGAGAUGUUGCAGAAGAAAACCAUCCAGGCAACAGAGCAGGAGAAAGCGAUGCAACAGAAUGACUUACUUAGUGCCAGGAGUGAACACCAGCAUCAGGCACUUCAACUGCAGGUCAACAAACUGAGCAAUCAAUUGGAAAAGCAGUCAACUCUACUUCAUGCCAAAGAGGAAGAGUGCAUUGAACUCCAUUCAAAGCUUACGAUUAUGCAAAAUGAGCAUAGUGCCUUUUUAAAAAACAUGCAGCAUCAUCAGAACAAGUCAAAGAGUUUUCAGAAGAAACCUACCCAGAGGAGGUGCUGUCGAUGUGUGACCUUCCUCAUACUGGCAGCAACAGCAGCAGGGUUGGCAGUGCUCUGGGCAAAUUUCGACAAUAUUUCUUUUUAAGAAGUUGCAUUGAAGCACAUCUUAUUACCAGCAGAAACUUGCUUAAGCAUUUUGACCACCAAAUAUCUUCAAAGUAGUAUUUUCAUCAUUUGCAAAGAUUAUCUACUGAACAUGAAAGACAUUAUUACAUUGGAUCAAUACAUAAGCUCACAGAACACAGGCUUGCCGCUUGUCUUUGCCAAACUGACUGAGAUCUGUAACUUAUCAUAUGUGGAAUUCUGACUGCUUGCCUAUGUGACAUACUUCAGCGAUCAAGUGAAGCCCAAGUGUCAUCACUGUUUUGGUUGGAGGAAGCAAAAAUGAAUAAGUGAUUUUUAAAUCUGAUUUUUAUUUACGCAUUGUCUACUAAUGGAUUAUACAGGAAUAUCAGCACAGGGAAUGCAGCAGCCUUCCUGACUGACAUUUGCCACCCCAAUGCCAGUGAUAAGGUUCUCAUUGAUUGAGAAAAAAAGAGGAUAACUAUUUUAGAGAGAUGGCAGUACAGUGGUAAUGUCACUAAGCUAGUAAUCCAGAAGCUGAGGCUAAUGUUUUGGGGAUACAGGUGAAAAUAUCACCUUGGAACAUGGUGGAUUUAAAUUAAAUAAGAAAUAUAUCUGGAAUUGAAAGCUCAUCUCAGUAAUUGUGACAAUGAGACUACCAUCAGUUGCCUAAAAAACUCACCUAGUUCAAUAAUGUCCUUUAAGGAAAGAGAUCUGGUCUGGCUUAGAUAAGUCAGCAGACUCACAGCAAUGUGGCUGACUUUUAACUGCCUUUUGAAAUGGUCUAGCAAAUCAUCCAGUUCAAGAGCAAUUAUAGAUUUGAACAAAUAUUGCCCUUGCCAGUGAGACCAAAGUUUCAUUUAAAAAAAUGAAGUAAAAGAUUUACUUUAUUGAAAGUGGAGAGAAUUGUCCAACAUGGUCAAUGCCUACCUAAACUCCAAAUCUGAGUCCUUGAGAAGAACCACAAUUUAUCUUCUGGUUAGAGUUUUAAAAUAAGAACUUGACAAACAAGUUGAGAGCAACAAGUGGAUAUCUGUUAACGGAGUUUCAUUAGUGAAAGAAUUGAGAUUUACACUGGAACUACCAAAUAAUUAUUCAACUCAGGUCAAAACCUAUCACUAAACAGUUAAUCAGUAUUGGGAGUUAUUGAGAGAUUUCAUUCAGCAUAUGUUAUUUAAAAAAAUGGAGAAUCACAAUUUUGAAGCUUACUUACACAGGAGAAUCAAAUAAUAAGUCAGCUGUGUUAUUACUGAUUUCCCAAAGGUUUUAUUUUUUAUAAAGUAAUUCUGGUGAUCAAUAAAAUGAAUGUGUAAAUUAACUGAAAAGAACUUCAUUUAUUUUUGUACAUAUCUACCGUUCAUGAGCUCUAGUUCUCCCUCCAGUAAGAAAAAAUGUUUACAUUUAAAAUACCAAUUCAACAUGCUUUUUCAAACUGCCAUAUCAUCUUAUUAAACCCAAGUACGAUAUAAAAAUUUUCAUGCUUUUUCAAACUGCCAUAUCGUCUUAUUAAACCCAAGUACAAUAUAAAAAUUUUAAGUGUUUAAUACUUUAUUUUGAUGCUCAUUUGAAAACAUGUGGAAAAUAAUGCCACCAUAAUCAAUGUCACAGCUUAUUUAUUUUAUCUUGGACUUGAUGUUCACCUAUUGCCCAUUUACAAUAUCAGAAUCAUAUGUCUAUUGUGGCUUUUUUAAAAAAAAGUUUAUUUUUGCAGCAUGUGGGCAUGGCAGGCAAGGCCUGCAUUUGUUACCUGUCCUCAACUGUCCUUGAGAAGGUUGUGAUUAGCACCUUUCUUGAACUACUGCAAUCCACAUGGUGUAUAUACACCCUUAGGUUAAUAAAUUUCAGGAAGUUGAUCCAGUAAAGUGAAGGAACAGCAACAUACUUCCAAAGACAAAUGCAAUAUUCACAUAAUAGCCUGGUCUAACAAAUCAACUGAUGAGCAAUUCAUACAGACUUUUAACCUGAAGUGUUCAGGUGCCACAUGAAGUUCACAAGCUGCAUGUCAAAAAUACUUUAUUCCCUUCAAAGGUAAGGAACCAGAUUUCUCGUCUACCUGUGGUUCUUACUUUUGAGUGUUAAACUACUGUUUAGGCCAAGGCUGCAUAAAAGAAACCAUGGAAAACAAAUUCCAUAUCAACAAAA